AUGGUCACCAGUUCGAGUCCUCUCAGGGCCACUGAGCAACACCAGCCGCUUCUGCCUGUCUUCGUCGUCCCAGAACACCAAAACCGAACUAAUUGUGCACACCAUCCCACCGAACUGAAGGCCAAGGUUCUAUUGCAUCAGCCUGCUUUCGGUGGAGUUGAAAGGACUUCAUCCGAGCUUAGACUUAUGGACGAUGCUCACCAUCCUUUGUAUAUAUCUGAUGCCCUGUGGUCAUUGAACUGCCAUUUCAAGCCAAUCGAGAUCAUGAAUUCAGUAAUCCAUUCACUUUUGGUUUUGAGAAAGUCCGACGUUCGUCUAGAUUGUUUGUGGCAAACUGUGAAGGAAGGAGACCCAAUGACUGAUCGGUCCAGGGAGUUUGUACGCAAGUUGAAGUUUCUCAAUGUAUCAGUGGUUCAUAUAUUUAAUCCAGGAGGUUUUCAUGGAUUAGAAAUGACAGAUGCUCUUGCUUUGUUUGAAGCUGUGAAGAAUUUCAUCUACUCCACUAGAGGUGUUGAAGUUGAAGUUUCUCGAGCUUCUUACUGA